AUGGCAGCUCUUCCGUCCUCCUACGUCGGGACCGAACUCACGUUUGUACGCGGCAAAGAGACGUUCAAUGACACAGCGUUCAACAAGGUGGGCUACCUGUUCAGCUGGGCGAGGUGCAACGCAGCGGGGGGCUUGUCUGCUCACCUCGCGAUGUGUUGGGACUUCCCCUUCCAGGGCCACAGGCACUUCUGGGCUCUUACGGAGCAAUCUCUGUCCAGAGGUCCAGUCAUCGCACGCGCGGGGCACGGUGCCAUCCACCGCUGGUGGAAACGUUGUCGAUCGAACGGCAAUUGCGAACCCAGAGCGGGCAAGCAAGACAAUUUUCUAGCCCACUGGAUGCAGAAGGCGGGGCUGCCAGCAAUUGCAGCAUUCGGUUGUUUGUAUGACAUGCUUUUCCAGCCCACAGAAGCUGUGCACCAGGCAUUUGCGCCAGAGCUCGAGAUCGUGGGCACUGUGCCUCCACCACUCUACCAGGGCAGUUCCUCGCAAUCGGAUAGAGUCCGAUGCGUAAUGGUGCAGGUUCGCACAGGCGAUGCCACCGUCCAGAGCCAGAACUCCACGGACGAGAGGAAGAGUGCCAUGAUGGCUGCCCUGGGAAAGUCUGCCCUGAAAGAGCAUCAUGGCACCUUCGAGUGCGCCCAGCACGCAGCCGAAAAGCUGGCGGCCAGGGAGCAGGCGGCGGGCUGGAAUGGCACUGUCGCCGACGUGAAGUGGUUCCUUAUGACCGACUCGAAGCUGCUGCAGAGAAUGGCCAAGGCAGAGUACGGCGACAGGCUCUUCACGCACGAGGGCACCGUGGACUUCUACGCGACGCUGGGGGCUGCGGGCACGCUGUCCGUCAUCGGCGAGCAGUGGCUGGGGACCUUCUGCGGUGCGCACGUCGUGACCGAAAAGUCCGGGCUUGGACGGCAGUCCGCGGCGCGCAGCCGCGCGUUCGUGCGUGGGGAGGGCAUCUUACUCUACGCACCGAGCCGCCUACCGCGGGUGCCAGAAUUCGACAUAUCCUACCGGCGACGAGAGUGCGCACAUGAGGAUCCUCACAGACUUCUCCGCAAUCUGAGCGGAUUCUGUCCAGACGAAAAGUCGAGCUCGCCGUGCCUCUCUUGUACAGGAUGUGUGUCUCAGGGGCUCGACUUGCUCCUCCUCCUCCUCCUCCUCCUCCUCCUCCUCCUCUUCCUCCUCCUCUUUCGUGCGCAAGGGUAG